CUUUAUAUAGGCUGUGAUAGUGACAGACUGGAGUUAUUAUGCAUGUGCAGUGUGUCAGCUUGUGCUGAUAAGGAUCGCUGGGUAUGAUUGCUAUCAAAAACAAUUGGACAAGUUAAUUAGCUUUUCUGUUCACGGUUACCAUCGAGUGUCGGAUCAGGAGGGAAACCAAGCAUGUUCUUCGCAGGACCGUACGCACGCGCGCGCACGCAUACUACAUCGAAGACUUUGUCCUGUCCCAGGUGUACAGGAGCUGCAUGUAGUUUGUCCUACUUCCUGUACAGUGCACCUCGGAUUGUGCGCGAGCAUGUGUGUAACGUUGCGACAAACACUGACCCAUUUCAAUAUGCUGUAAUAUUUACACGCCCGUAUAAAUUAUUUCCGAGAAAGCAGGAGCUGUUAAUCUUGCAAUGCAAGCGGGUUUAAUUAUAUUCCAAAAAGGGUAGAAUUCAAAUUUGCACCUUUUAGUUGCCAAGAUCAAUUAACACCCGUCCCCCAAAGUCAAAGUUUACCACGGGCAAGAUCGGACAUGAGAACUGCUGCGUAAAGUGAGUUCAUGCGCAAUGCCACCAUGCACUAGCUACAGUAUAUCACUGUAGCAAGUGAUCUCGCUCGCAGGCAGACUUCUCUUAGGUGCGCUCGUGAGUGUGCUGCACGUCGGACGCAUGUCCCAGUUUUGGCACUGAGGCGAGUGUGUAGGAACCAAGCGCGUCCUCCUCUCUCUCCUCUAACCUCCUCACAGCGCGACGCACGAUUCCACAGGAUGCUUCACCAUAUGCUUCUCUUAACAACUGAGUUUGGGGUUUGGAUGUAGGCGAUCCAUCGGGCGCAGAGUGAGUUCUGGAUUUGGAUCCUUCGCUGGCACGGCUUUGCGGGUGAUGGUGAAGCGCGUCUUGCGCGCUACCGCACGUUUCCUCGAUCUUUCCUCGGGACGUUUGGCGAAGGGAAAUGUGAAGAAGGUUUAAAGAAUGGCAUGUAAACAUGGUUUCUGCCAAGAAGGAGAUGGUGACUGCGAUGUACCCCACUUCUAUUUCCACUCUCCUCUACUUUCUGUGUGUGGCGGCUUGCAUAAAGAGAAUAUCUGGACAGAUCAGAAAGGAUGAGAAAUUAUAUCCGGAAAAUUUCACACGCAUUCUGGACCGACUUCUGGAUGGAUACGAUAACAGACUCCGACCUGGAUUUGGGGGUCCAGUGACGGAAGUGAAGACCGAUAUUUACGUCACAAGUUUUGGCCCAGUUUCCGACGUAGAGAUGGAGUACACCAUGGAUGUGUUCUUCCGCCAGACAUGGGUGGAUAGGCGGUUGAAGUAUGACGGCCCGGUGGAGAUCCUCCGGCUAAAUAACCUGAUGGUGACCAAAGUCUGGACCCCCGACACGUUCUUCAGAAACGGAAAAAGAUCUGUGGCUCACAACAUGACGGCACCCAACAGACUCUUCCGAAUCAUGAAGAACGGCACCAUCCUGUACACCAUGAGGUUGACAAUCAUUGCAGAAUGUCCAAUGAAACUCGUCGAUUUCCCCAUGGACGGCCACUCCUGCCCUCUGAAGUUCGGCAGCUAUGCCUACCCAAAGACUGAGAUGGUCUAUACCUGGACUAAAGGGCCGCAGCAUUCUGUGGAGGUCCCACCAGAGUCGUCCAGCCUGGUACAGUACGACCUGAUCGGACAGACUGUGUCGAGCGAGACUGUGAAGUCCAUCACAGGUGAAUAUGUGGUGAUGACGGUCUACUUCCACUUGAAACGGAAAAUGGGCUACUUCAUGAUUCAGACGUACAUCCCCUGCAUCAUGACUGUAAUCCUUUCUCAAGUGUCUUUCUGGAUAAAUAAGGAAUCCGUGCCCGCCAGAACUGUCUUUGGAAUCACCACUGUUCUCACGAUGACGACCCUCAGCAUCAGCGCACGGCACUCUUUGCCCAAGGUCUCGUACGCCACAGCCAUGGAUUGGUUCAUCGCCGUGUGCUUUGCUUUCGUCUUCUCUGCUCUCAUCGAGUUUGCGGCUGUGAACUACUUCACUAACGCUCAAGCAGAGAGAGCCAAGAGAAAACAGGCCAAAGCCGCUGCCGCCGCAGCCACUGCCAAGAGCUCCACAGCGUCAGGCAAAGCUAAAGACACAGAGGAGGUUCUACAGCAAAACUCAGACACCAAUGGAAACUUAAGAAAACGCGUCAACUCCAAUGUCCAGUCUCAACCAGACUCCAAGAAAACCCAAAGAACCGAAACAUCUAGCAAGACCGGUGCAUCAGCUGCAUCCAAACCAACCUUAACCAGCCAAUCAUCUUCCACCUCAGAGGGUACCAGCAGUUUCUCCAGCCAAUCACGUCUCAGCCCGAGUUCCGCCAGCCAAUCAAACGCAGCCAAUUUGUCCUCGGCCUCAAAGACAACGCCACCAGCCCCGCCCUCUACACCAACAGUUCCCGAGAAACCGUCGCCUAGUGCACCCACAGGCUCCGCCCCUCUUCACCAUCUCCUCGGGCCUAAAUUAGAGAAUAUUAAAAAGAAGGAAGCCAAGGCUGCACCUCAACCUGCCGCUCCUCCAACCGGAGGAGCCAGCAAGAUCGAUGAAUACGCACGUAUUUUAUUCCCAGUGUCCUUUGGGGCGUUCAACAUGGUGUACUGGGUGGUUUACUUAUCCAAAGACACCAUGGAGGCAAAGGGAGGCUAACAAGAACAGGAUUGGUUGUUUGCACCCUUUUUUUUCCAACUCAGAUGAAAUAAAGAGCCCUCUUAAGGAUUACGUCAACAAGCAAUUCCAAGAAACUAAAUUAUACUACAGCAGACAAAACUGCACAAGCGCACAGAAGAGAUUAUCUGGGUUGAAUAAUAAUAAAACUUCUUUUGUUGGUAAUCAAAAGGGCCGUUCACAAGAUUAAGCAUGUGGAUAUAUUAUAAUAAGUCAAAAUAAUUCAAUUAAAAAAACAAUCCAAGCAAUCUCACAGGAAUGAAUCAUAGAUUUAUCUGUUGUCUGUUUGAAUAGCCAUAUUUCCAGUUUGUCCUUUUUAUCACCGGACACACUGAAGAACGAACAAUGCCACUGAGUAGAAAAAACAAUAUUAGUGUCGUUUAGUCUAUUUUUAUAUAGAGACACUUCCGGAAAAUAUCCUUCAUUCGGAGAAGCGUAAUUUUCAGAAAUCUGACAGAUCUUAACUGACCUUGCCGAUGUCUGCCAAGAAGACGUAUUUCUGACAUAUUUCUUUCAGUUGUGAUGAAAUCUAUUUUAAACCACAUCAUGGUGUAUGUAAACUAUCAGGCAUGAAUGGUAUCUAUCCCGUGUUCUCUCACCGAGAGAAAAUGAUGGAACGGAGCACGUCCUGAUCGGGGGAAAACACAUAUGCAUGUCUUUUAUUUUUUAAACAGACUAUAAGAAUUUACGUCGUUACAAAUUAAGUCGUUAAAGCAUAAGUUAUGAUUUUCUCUUUGUUUCUGAAGUUGAAUGGCUUGUUUUUAGUUCAGUUCGAUUUGGGUUUCGUUUUCAUUAUUGCAGUAUUUUUGGUCUUAUAGCUGAUAUGUUCUCAGCACGCAGCAUGUGCCGACGGGCCCCCUGGAGCCUGGUGCCGUGGCAACCCCACAGGGGCCAGAUGGUUCUGGAGUCAUUUAGAACAGUAAGAGGGUUAAACUGACUGAUGUUGUCAUACAAGCGCCAGAGGAUGAUGAAAACCUCCACCGAUCCACAUAGGGCUGUUUUUGUACUGUAUGUGUAAAUUGGAUACAAACAGUGAUUGGUCGAGGUCUUUCAUUAUCCACCAGUCGUUAGUUUCCACAAAAAUAAAAACUAAAAUCUGUGUUAAAGAUAAUGAUGACUCAAAAAUGGUUCCAUGGAACAAGAAAAUAACAUAUUUAGUCGAAUGUUUGUCCAAAAAUGACAACAACAACAACAAAAAAGCACCAUUAAAAAAGUCAUAUGAUAGCUUUGUGUGAGUUGUCAUUUUUUGCAUUGCCUUUUUUUUUAAGAUGUGAAUGGGUAUAAGAUCUUCAUCAACAAAUAAAUUAAAUGUUGGCUUGUUUAUCACACAAAGCUAUUGUAUGCUUUUAGGAAACUGAGUAUACAGUAUAUAGUACCGGAUAUGAAAAAUUCAUACUUUUUUUUUUUUUGCUCUCUGAGCUUAAUAACAGCUCUUAAAACUUAAGGUGCCAAAAAGGGGGUUUCUCAGCAAUGUCACAGAAGAACCAUAUUUGCUUCCCCAAUGAACCAGUGAACGUUUAUAAAAAGAAAAAAAAAUCUUAGUGUGACAAAGUUUUUAAUAUUGUACAUUUUUGCACUAUAAAUUACCUUUGGUGCAUUGGAAAGGUUCCUUGGAUGUUAAAUGUUCUUCAUAGAACCAUAGAUCCCAACAAAGAACCUUUAUUAUUUAGGAUGGCCACAUGUUUUUUUUAUACUGAAAAGGUGACAAAAAAGAAAAUCUCCUGUGAAGAAAGUCAUACGGGUUUGUAACAGCAUGAAGCCAGUUCAUUUUUGGGUGAACUGUCCCUCUAAAGUUCGAUUUAUUUGACUCAUGGUGUUUUGCUGUUUAGUAUUAAUGUGCUGGAAACUGCUGAACUGAUUCCAUGAUAUUCGGCUUUUCAACGAAUCCAUUCCACCAUUCUGUUGAAAUACGACAUAAAACAUAGCGUAUAUGGCUACAUUUUGUUUGAUUCAAUUGAAUCUAUAAAAUUAAUUAAAUUAUCAUUUGAUUACUUAGAACAAAGGUACAUGUGUAUUAUUAUACCCGUGCACGACUCUGGGUGGUGUUUCUGUGUGUGAGUUCAUAUGGAGAUACAGACAGUCUCACUGAUUAGACUCAAAUUUGAAUGAUCACUCCACAUGUUAAGAAAGCAUCAGAGUUCAUCGAAUGAAUCAUUAACUUUACUCUCAUAAAAUGUAUUACUAGUUGCUCAUUAUAUACUGUAUAUUGUCUAUUUUAUUUGAAAUACAUACACUACUAUAGAAAGGUUUGGAAUAAUUGCAAGUUUUAUGUUUUUGAAAGAAUUUUACACAAGAUAUUAAGAAGCUAAAAUUUUUAUUUGAGUAGCAAAUCAGCAUAUUGAAAUGAUUUUAAAGGAUCAUGUGGCACUGAAGACUGGAGUGAUGAUGCUGAAAAUUCUGCUUUGAAUCACUGGAAUAAAGUACAUUUUAAAAUAUAUUAAAAUAGAAAACAGUUAUUUUAAGUUGUAAUAUUAUUUCACAAUAUUGCAGUUUUACUGUAUUUUUGAUCAAAUAAAUGCAACCUUGGUAAACGUCUUUCAAAAACAUUAAGAAAAUGUAAUCAAUUAAUGUUUUUGGCUGGUAGUGUAUAUGGAUGUCUUGUCUUUUCUUAUCUUGUCUCGUUUUGCUUCAAGCAACUACAUUUUUUGUCAUACAUCAUGAGAGACUGGGAAUGUCUGUGUGCUUAAUAAUUAAUAUUUGAAAGAUGCUGAUCUAAUGCUUUGAGAAAUAGUGAGUAGAUCUCAAGAAAGCAAGACAGAAAAUAAAUAAUGCAUGUUCUCACUAUUUUGCAUGAAUACAUACUGUACUGUAAUCUCAGAAUUUGGCCUAAAUAUGGUUAUUUUGCUUUUCCAGUCCAUUUUUGUGCAAGUAUUAUCACCAAGUGGAAUUGCAGAAAUAAUGACACCGUUGGUAGAUCCAUUGUGGCUGAAUCAGGCUGGUUGUAUUUGUGGCUGACUUUGCUACAAGUUCUUUUGGCACACUAGUAGUUUCAUAGUGUGUUUCAUUAUGGGAUGGAACUGCACAUUUUUAAAUGUAGUAGACCAACUGACGUUUCACCAGGAGUUUGAUUGACAGGUCAGUUAUACCAUCAUAAUGGUUAAUCUGCCAUUUUGUCUGACAAAUAAAUAAUAGAAGAGUAGAUUAACAUCAGUGAACUUGAAAAAUGGUGAAAAAUCAUGAAAAAUGGUGUGUACUGACGUAUUUCCGCUGUUGAAACAAGAUACCUUCUGAUGUUCAUUCAUGUUUAUUUCAUGCUAUACUAGUUAAUAUGAAGGCAUGAUUGUUUCACUUGCAGCUUGAACUACAGAAGUGCUACAGUGAUCUGUCAUGACACAUUAAAGGUGAUGUAUGUCAGUUUUGGACUCUACUAAAGCAUAAAAACACCAUAAUAUGUUUCCAGAUAUUUAAGAAACAUGCUAAGGUAACAUACUUGUUUAUUUGAAAAACAGUGUCAGUUGGAUUCAGUCGGAAUGUCGGACUCUGUUAGGUUUGUGAAACCCACCCACUGCCAGUUUACCCAAUGUAUUUCGGCACCCAGGGUUGCCAGUUAUCGGAAUACACAGUGAAUUUAAUUUCAUGCUUCGUCAAGCGCGCUCGUUCCUGUUGGUGUCAGCAAUCCGGCAACCUGUGUGUUGAGUCUGAGGAGGAGGUGCUGGGUGAAAAAAAAAACACUCCAAUAUUUGAAUUUAGACUGCAAUACCUAGUUCAACCACUCGGUGUCAAUCCACAAAACGGUAUUGCUGGAAUGUCUUACAAAAUGACAAAAUUUGAAAGCUGAGACUUUGUUUCAUACCAACAAAAACCUGCUCUUGUCUUCUAUUUCAGCACGUUGUCAGUUUUCUCUUUGCUCCGCGAUGUAUUUUUCACUGCGUGAUAACAUGGUAUGUGGUGUGAGAGUGCCAUGGUUUGUCAGACAUAGCAAUAGUAAUGAAAGUGGGCGGGUCUUUACAAAAGGUCAGUUGAAAAUUUGCAUACUGUGCACAGUAUACUGCAUACUGUUGCAUAUUAAUUUCUCACUUUUGGUCUAUGUUUUAAUGUGACACACUGUGUGUUAGAGAGAGGGAAUGAGAGGGAGAGGGAGAGAGAGAGAAAGGGAGUGACAGGCUAUCAGCAGUGAGAUGGAGUGAUCAAAAUGUCUGGCUUCCCUGGAAACUCAGCCUAGUGUGAAACUGACUUUGUACCUUCAUCCUCCAUCACACACACACACACACACACACACACACACACACACACACACAC